AGUUGUAAGAUUCUGCCACUCGAAGACAUUUCAGAUGGGGUGGAGAACAUAUCCUCUUCUUUUGUCGGACUGUUUUUAGGUCAUGGCAUUGGAGAGAAGAUUGAUUAUUAGAAUUGCAGAUCAACCCUUUGUCUAUAGUACAAGUCAUUCUCCACAUUCUCAAAUCUCAAUGUAGGAAUUUUGAGGUUUGGGCUUGUGAUUCUGUAGCAGUAAUGCUCGCUUUGGAUCAAAGCUUAAUGGGACCGUUAAAAAAGCCGCCAUGUUUUCAAAUGAUCCAAAGAACCGUUGCGACCUCCAAAGAAAUCACUCUCCUUUCAAAGAACUGCAAAACUGUACACCAACUCAAGCAGCUUCACGCCCAUCUCCUUGAAACCAACCAACCCAGAAACCUGUUUGCGAUUGCCCCGCUCCUUAAUGCAGCUGCAACGUCUAACAAUGCUUCUUUCUUCUCCUACGCUCGGUGGGUUUUCGGUCGACUUUGUCACCGCAAUACAUUCAUAUACAAUUCCAUGGUCAGAGGUUAUAUGCAAAUGAAUCUGCCGACAGAUGCCGUGUUUUGUUAUUUAGACAUGUUGAAUUGUGGAUUUGAAGCUAAUAAUUAUACGUUUCCACCAUUGAUUAAAGCUUGUAAGAUUCUUGUUUCUAGUGCUUCGUGUGUAAAGAACAGUAUCGGUCAUGUAGUGCAUGGCCAUGCUGUUAAAUUUGGAUUUGGUUGCGACCCUUUUGUUCUUAGUGCGUUGAUUGAGCUAUACUCUUCCGUUCAUGAGAUUGAAACUGCACGGAAGCUGUUUGAUAGUAGUUUCGAGAGGGAUGUGGUGGUGUGGACAGCGAUGGUUGAUGGGUAUGGAAAAGUGGGGAAUGUUGAGAGUGCACGGAAAUUGUUUGAGAAAAUGCCUGAGAGGAACACAAUAUCCUGGAGUGCUAUGAUGGCUGCAUAUUCUCGGGAUAGCAACUUCAAUGAGGUGCUUUGUUUGUUUAGGCGAAUGCAAGAAGUUGGCACAAGGCCUAAUGAGUCUGCGCUUGUCAGUGUUCUCACUGCCUGCGCUCAUCUCGGCACUGUCACACAAGGAUGGUGGGUUCAUUCCUAUGCUAAGUGCUAUAGACUCGUCUCAAACCCAAUCUUGGCUACUGCACUGGUUGAUAUGUACUCAAAAUGUGGUUAUGUGGAUUCAGCCUGCUCCGUUUUUGAUGGUAUUUAUGACAAGGAUGCUGGGGCCUGGAAUGCCAUGAUAUCUGGUGUUGCAAUGAAUGGUGAUGCAAGAAAAUCGCUUGAAUUGUUCAAUCAAAUGAUUGCAAGUGGUACUCAACCUACAGAAACCACAUUUGUUGCUCUACUCACUGCAUGCACACAUGCAAGGAUGGUCAAAGAGGGCGUCAAGUUAUUUGAAGAAAUGGGUUCGGUGUAUGGAGUUGAACCUAAAUUGGAGCACUAUGCAUGUGUUGUUGAUCUUCUGGCUAGAGCAGGUUUGGUAGAGGAAGCUGAAAAGUUUAUAGAGGAGAAGAUAGGAGGAUUUGAAGGAGGAGAUGCAAACGUAUGGGGAGCACUUCUGGGGGCAUGUAGAAUUUACGGGAAUGUUGAGUUUGGAAACAGAGUUUGGAAAAAACUAGCUGAUAUGGGAAUAGCUGAUUAUGGUACUCAUCUGCUCUCUUACAAUAUAUAUAGAGAAGCAGGCUGGGAUACAGAGGCAAAGAGAGUCAGAAAAUUGAUAUCAGAGGUUGGAAUGAAGAAGAAACCUGGCUGCAGUGUUAUAGAAGUGAAUGGUGCUGUAGAAGAGUUCCUCGCAGGUGAUUUUUACCAUCCACAAGCACCAGAAAUAUACAAGAUGCUGGAUUCCUUUUCCAAACUUGUUAAUUUGGAGGAACUUUUGCAGUUCUAUACAAUAUCUCUAGCCAAAAUAUCUUAAACAUAAAAUUCACCAAUUUGGAAGAUAAGUAUGCUACAAUCUGAAGGUGUUCAAGAGACUUGUAAUGUAACUUCACUUGAACAAACGACAAUACUAAAGCUGGCCGUAUGAGAUGACUUCAGCAGUAAAAAUUCAUUAUCCAGUGUGAAAUUUAAUUUGAGAAAUUUUUGAGUUUUACUUAUGGAAGAAUAAUGUAGGAAUUUUCUAGUAUGAAUCUUUUGAAAUACAAUCUGG